AUUUGAUAUAAUUCUAAAUUUCUUGAAUGAGUACAAAUCAAUAGCCAAAUAAAUAAGAGCUCUCUGAUGAAGGUAAUAAUUGAAUUGGAAAUUAUAGAAUUCAUGAAACUUCAUGCUAAAUAAUUCUAUAGAACUCAUGGAUAAUUGAUAGGAAGUAAACCAUAGUACAUUCCAGUUCCUAAAGAAUAUAAUGAUAACGGAAAGUUUACAGAUGUAAAUAAUAAUAUUACAAUAGCAUUUAUUAAUGGCAACAAUGUACAGGAAUAACAGUCUCAAUACUACUUGUGAUAAAGAGCGCUGGAUUAAUGGUUCUAAGGAUUGGAUGGAACAUUUAUAAUGA